CAAUAUUUUCCACCAUAAAUAAACUCUCAUCUCCACUUAAUUUUACCACUCCAAUUGGGAAAAUAACCACUCCAAAUUUCACCACCGUAGCACACAAACAACCCUAACCAAUCAUAGCUUCUACCACCAACUCAAGGUUUUCAUUUUGCAAAAGAAGAAUGAUCAGAAGCAAAUCCAUAGUCAUCAAUUCCAAUACCACAAACAACUCUGCUGUUGCCGCCGCAGCCGUAGCUAUCAGACGUUCUGCCUCAAACGCUACCGCCGCAACAGCCGUGGUACAUACUAAUGAUCUUAACAGAAAACCGCCACGAUCACGGUUCGUAGAGUUUCCGGUAUCUCCUCAACUGAUGAGAGGGGAAGAGAUCGUCCACUUUGGACAUCCGCGACACGUGCUGGUCAAAGUUGAUUUGCCGGAUAUCUACACGUGUGCAGGGUGUAAAGAAGAAGGAGCUGGGGUUAGGUAUGUGUGCCAAGAGUGCGAUUAUCAGCUCCAUGAAUUUUGCGCUUCGGCUCCUCCUGUACUCAAGUCACACCCUCUGCAUUACCAGCAUCAGCUUCUCUUCUUUGCCAAGCCCGCAAAAGGAGGAAUAAAGAAAUCGAAAUGCGACGUGUGUGGAAGAUCACCAAAAGGUUACACCUUCAGAUGCAAAGCCUGCAGUUUCCAGAUGCAUCCUGGCUGCGCCAUGUUAUCUCCUUCCCUCUCCUCCUCCUCUCUCCACCACCACCCUCUCCAACUCCUCUCCUCCGCCACCAACAACGCCGGCGGAGACCACUCCGGGGGAUUCCUCUGCGGAGAGUGCAAGAGAGGUAAGCGAGUCGGCAGGGUUUACCGUUGCACCGUUUGCGAUUACCACUUGCAUGCGGUCUGCGCCAAGGACGCCGCCGUGAACGGCCUCAGAGCAAACGGACACAAAGGAAGGGAUAGGUCUCCGGCGGUUUUGGGAACGGCGGCAAGGGUGGCGUCGCAGGUUGUGAUUGAUUUUUUCGGUGGUAUAAUGGAAGGUCUCGGUGAAGGUGUUGGUGAAGCUAUUUUGGACGGUGUGACUAGAGGUGGCGGCCGCGGAGGAGGAAAUGGAGGUGUUACUAGGGUAAUUCCACGUGUCAGAGGAGGAUAACUAUGGACUUUUGGGGAUAACUAAUUAUGAGUGUUUAUACGUAUAAGGAAAUGAUUGUAUUGCUGUUUGGCUGAUUGAAAGUACAUAUAGAUUGGAGUGUUGAUGUUUAUUAGGUUGGGUGGGAGGAUAUAUUAUUUUAAUUAAAUUUGGGUAUACAAGAAUAACCAUAAGAAUGAUGUGUAUUGUUAAAGUUUGGAAAUAUAAGUAUUGUUAAUGUA